AUGGAGGACGGAGACGGGAUCUGGAUUAGAGACGGUGGGGGAUCUGCUGAUGACAGCGGCGAGGAAUCGGACGAAGAAGAGGGCGGUGACAUCUCUGCCGAUGAGGAUGGAAUGACAACAGGUUCGGACGCAGAUUCCGAAGAUGCGUCGUCGGAUGCUGAAUCAGAGGUUCACGGAAGAAUAUCAGCACGGUUUGGAGUGUUAGCCUUGGGUGACGAGCAAGUGGACUAUUCCUUCCCUAGUAUCCUGCUAUAUAUUGCGGGCUCGCUACCUCUAGAGGUAGCACUUCCCGCGAAGAACGUAGCUGGACCGACGGAUAUUCCUUCGAGCGACCUAACAUCGCCGGAGGAUAGCGUGACGCUCUGGUCUUGGUGCACUUACUCGUUUGUAGAACCGCUCUUCGGUGUCGCCAUGCGCCAUACACUGGAUGAGGCAGAUGUAUGGCGGCUCUCACCAUAUUUCCAGCAUAAGAACAUGUUUGAGAAAUAUAUCGCGUACCAGAAUCAGCAUCCCACGUAUUCGCUUCUGCGUUUUCUUCUGGAGUCAAACAUACUGGACCUCUCUCUGGACAUCCUGCUGGAACUGUGGGUAGCAGUCGUCGGUUUCGUGCCUCCCUAUGCCCUUCAGCAAAUCUUGUCUGCCCUAGCAGAUGACACGCCGGAGGCACGACGAAGAGCGUUCACAUUCGCACUCUUCACCUUUCUAGCCCAUCUUUCCUUUGCACAAACUGCCUUAUUCCAGAACUUUCACACCCGAAGAUCAUACGAGCGCACGAGGGGUCAGCUUUUCUGCGCCCUUCAUUACAAGGCAUUGAAGCGACGCGACGUGAGCGGGAUAGCAACCAAAGACGACUCCUCAACGGAGAAUGCAGACCUCGGAAAGGUCGUCAACUUGAUGCAGGGUGAUGCUUACGCCGUGUCUCAGCGGUUCUGGGAUUUCUCCAAAAUCUUUGUUGCACCUGUCCGACUGGUAAUAGCUCUGGUGUUUCUUUACAGUGUACUGGGUUGGAGUGCCUUCGCGGGAGUCUUUGUAGUCCUUCUGGCGUAUGCUUUAAAUUAUCCAUUAGCAAAGUAUAAUAUCUUCGUUACUAGGUCUUCUUGGAAGGCCAAAGACAAGCGUAUGAACAUCGUCAAUGAGUUGUUUCAAAACAUACGCUUUUUGAAAUUCUAUGGCUGGGAAAAUCUAUGGGCGCAGAAAGUCAAGAGUUCAAGAGAAAGCGAACUGCGAUGGCGCGUCAAAAAUAAUGUAGUCAAUACUGCCAUCGCCUUCAUUUGGACAUGGAUUCCUUCCGCGACUAUGCUCUCCGCGUUUUUGUGUUAUACCCUAUUCGCCGGUCAGCGAUUGACGGUCUCCAAGGCAUUUACUUCCAUGGCGUUGUUCUCGCAAUUGCAGGAGCCGAUGACGUCUCUUCCUGCUCAAUUCUUUGGUUUUCUGCAUGCGUACGUCUCAAUGCAACGUAUCCAAGCUUUUUUGGACGAGACCGAAGUGCCCGACUGGGCAUGCUCCUUGAAGUGUUCGACUACCAUGCAGGAUACAAGGGUCGCCCACCAGAUAUGCUUUGAGAGAGCCAUAUUUCGAUGGUAUUCUGACUCCGAAUCCGAGGAAGGGAGGUUCCAAUUGGGUCCACUUAAUUUUCAUUUCCCUCUCGGACAGCUGACGCUCGUUACUGGGCCUACUGGAUCUGGGAAGAGCGCUCUCCUAGCAGCACUAUUGGGUGAAAUGCGUUGUGUAUCGGGCGAGGUUCUUUUGAAUAAGAGAGGGCACCGCGUCGCAUAUUGUGCCCAGAAUCCUUGGCUUGAGCAUGCCACAAUAAGGGAGAAUAUAGUCUUCGGUGCACGACACGGCUUCGUCGAGGAUCGUUAUAACCGCGUACUUCGUGCUUGCGCGCUCACGCGAGAUCUGAAGGUACUUGAGGCAGGUGAUAUGACUGAAAUCGGAGAGAAGGGUAUUACCCUAUCCGGGGGGCAGAGGGCGAGGGUUGCGUUGGCGCGCGCUAUGUACUCGGAAGCAUCUUGCAUACUGUUAGAUGAUCCCCUAGCUGCUGUGGAUAUGCACACCGCUCAACAUCUCGUUCAACAUUGUCUUCUUGGGACAUUGGCACUAGGCCGCACUAUCAUCCUAGUCACACACCACGUAACACUCUGUCUGCGCGCGGCGUCUUACCUCGUGGAACUGUCCGAAGGACGCGUUCUCCAUGCGGGGACGAUCCGAGAGCUGCGAGACCGAGGCUUGUUACAAAGUAUCGUGGACACGGAGGACGUUACAGCAGCAGAAGAGCCCACACCGGCAUCCCCGAGCAGGACCUCAAUCGAGAAUGAAGCCGACGACGCGCCACCCAUCAAGGAGCAAGGGCAGAAGACAACGUCGACAGGGAAGCUAAUCGAGGCUGAGGCAAGAGCCGAAGGACGUGUCGCCGGGAGGACCUACAUGACCUAUAUUCGAUCUUCGGGGACACUUUCUUGGCUACUGACCUUUGUCCUUAUGCUGCUGAUUCGUGUCAUUAACGUGGCAAACCAGGUUUUCAUCGCAAAAUGGGGCGAAGCUUAUAAUGCAAUUGGAUCCACGGUCUACCGUUGCUUUUGGCCUGGACAUCUGCCACCACCCGACGCUGACGUCAAGCCAUGGCUGGCGGUCUACCUAUCUAUCUCCAUCUCCGGAGCCUUUACGCUCUGCGCCUACAUUGCUCUGGGCUACUAUGCCAGUCUACAGGCUUCUCGCAGCCUAUUUAUUUCUAUGCUGAACAGACUCGUGAGAGCACCCGCCCGAUUCUUCGACGUGACCCCCAUUGGUCGAAUCUUAAACCGCUUCACGACUGAUAUCAACAUUGUCGACGAUGCGCUUCAGAAUUCCCUUCGUGCAGCUUGUUCGGGCGUGCUUAAUUUCCUGAUGUCCUUCUUUGUGAUCAUAGCCGUUGUACCGAGUUUCGCGCCGUUCGCAUUGUUCAUUGCCUACCUGUAUAUUCGACUGGCACCACCAUUCGUGCAAGCCUCAAGAGACCUCCGUAGACUGGAGUCUAUCUCCCUAUCCCCUGCGUUUGCUGGCUUCGAUGAACUUCUUAGAGGUCUCACGCAUGUGCGCGCCUUUGCCAUGGAGACUAGGUAUCAGGAACAAUUCUACAAGAGAGUUGAUCGGUUCCAGGGGUUCGAUCAUGUCUAUUGGCUUGUCAGCGGGUGGCUACGUUGGCGAUACGAUUGUUUAGGAUCUGUCGUUGUCUAUUUGACUACACUAUUUGCACUGUGGAGUGGCGUCUCAGAUGGUUUUGCAGCUUUAGUCAUAGUACAGGCUGGUGUUUUCGCCGAAGCAUCCAGAGUUCUCGUCAGGGUUGCUGCGCAAGUUGAACUCGAUUUCAACUCUGUGGAACGUAUUGUAGAGUAUCUGGACGUUUCUCAGGAAGCCCCUGCUCUUAUCUACGACAAGAGACCUCCCGCUUACUGGCCGAGCACAAGUGGAGAGCUCGCGGUGGAAAAUCUGGUUGUUCGAUAUGCUGCUGACCUGCCCGCCGUUCUGUCGAAUCUGAACUUUACCAUCAAGGCCUCAGAGAAGAUCGGAGUGGUGGGGAGAACAGGAUCUGGUAAAUCAACGUUGGCGCUUUCAAUACUACGUAUGGUAGAGCCUAGUGAAGGAAGGAUCGUGCUGGACGAUAUCGACAUAUCCACAAUCGGACUGGAUGACUUACGAAGUCGCGUUACCAUGGUUAGUCAAGAUGUAUCACUUUUCUCCGGCACUCUGCGGAGCAAUUUGGACCCAUUUCAAGAACACACGGACGAAGAAUGCUGGGAAGUACUGCAGAGGUGUCAUCUUCUGCCGCUCCUGGCGAAAAACACGGACACUGAGAUUACACCUUCUGUGAUUCUGGAUAUACCACUGAGUCAGGGAGGGUCACUCAGUGCUGGCGAGAGGCAGCUCGUUGCUCUGGCCCGCGCUGUACUUCGAAAGACUUCGGUAAUUAUUUUGGAUGAGGCCACUUCACAGAUUGAUGCAACGCUCGAUGAUCAGAUACAGAAGACCAUCCGGGAAGAACUUUCGAGUGCGAUGGUGAUAACUAUUGCCCAUCGUCUGAAGACCAUAAUUGACUAUGACCGAAUCCUGGUCCUGGAUAAUGGGAAGGUGGUAGAGUUCGACAAACCACGGGAACUCCUCAAGAACCCCGAUGGUACUUUCAGACAAAUGUGCCGACGAAGCGUGGAUUGGCCGAUGUUGGAAGCGAUCGCGUUGCAUACGAACAAAUAG